AUGGGAAGCUUCGUUUUCAAAUGGGAGCACCCCGCGUCCGAGGUGUACGUGACGGGCACCUUCGACGACUGGUCCAAGUCCGAGAAAUUGAUUAAGACGGGCGAUGUUUUCGCGAAGAACGUGACGCUACCAAGCGCCGACGAGAAGAUCUAUUACAAGUUCGUCGUUGAUGACAAUUGGGUUACCGACCACACCGCACCUCAAGAAAACGACGCCUCGGGCAACCUCAAUAACUUCCUCACCCCCGACCGUAUAAUCAAGCACACGCCCGAGACUGUUGGAAUCAUGUCUGGAGUCACCCCCACAUCCACGACAGCGGCAUUGGCAAAGGAUGUCCCUCUCCAAAACGCAGCAGCCACCGAUAAGGCAGAUCUCACCGAGUCGGAUCUACCAGGCGCAUUUCCCCCGACUCCUGCGGCGACUGAGAAGGGCGACUUCUCCGUCAAUCCUCUUCCAGCCACGGCUGGUGCGGGCAAUCCGAUAAAGCUUGCCCCUGGAGAGAAGGUCCCUGAUCCAAGCACUUUCACCCAAAAUACAGUCGCCUCGGGGGUGCGCGAUGAUCCGGAGCUUGUUGCUAUUGAACAGGAGAAUCUGAAGAAGGCCACCGACACUGAGCCAACUUUUAGCGUAGCCCCCCUCCCCGCCUUCCCGGGAGCUGUCAACCCAAUUAAGCUUGCGCCUGGCGAGAAGGUCCCUGAUCCAAGUACUUUGACGCAAAACACAGUCGCAUCGGGGGUCCGCGAUGAUCCGGAGCUUGUGGCUAUUGAACAGGAGAAUCUGAAGAAGGCCGCCGACACGGAGCCAACUUUUGGCGUAGCACCCCUCCCCGCCUUCCCGGGAGCUGUCAACCCAAUAAAGCUUGCUCCUGGCGAGAAGGUUCCUGAUCCAGCCAGUCUCACCCAGAACACAGUUACAUCGGGUGUUCACGAUGACCCAGAGCUUGUUGCUAUAGAGAAGGCCGCAAAAGCCGGAACGAUACAAUCAGCGGGCCCUGACAGCACCACUGCCCAACUUGCUGCCGCUGUUCCACUUGAAUCUUCCAAGGUCCCUGAUGUUGUGAAGAAAAGCCAGGAAGAAGCAGGCUUCCCCGCAGAGGCAAGCGCCGUGCCAGAAGAAGUCGCGGAGAAGGGAGCAGUGGAAAAGGAGCUUUUGAGCGAGGUCCCACCAGCUAAACCUACUUCCGAGGGCGCGGUGAAGGAUGCCGAUAAACCAGAGACAAUCUCCCCAGCAGAGAAGGUUGCCGCAGCCGCUGGAGGCGCUGCUGCUGCCGGUGCUGCUGCCGUAGCUGCCAUCAUAGCACACGAUACUACUGCCUCAUCAACUGCCAAGGAUACGCCCAAGGUCGUGAAGGAAUCCAUCGCUGAAUCUGGACAAAGUCCUGAAGCCGCAAGCAACGAGGAAGCUGUGCUGGAAAAGAAGGCUACAGAGAAGGAAUUACUAUCCGAGAUCAAGCCUGAGACAUCAACAGGGGAAUCAGCUCCUGUAAUUGCCCCUGUGUUGGCUACGGGAUCGACUGCCAAGGAUACUCCUGAGGUUGUGAAGGAGUCCAUCGCUGAAUCUGGCCGAAGCCCUGAAGCCGCGAGCAACGAGGAAGCCGUGCUAGAAAAGAAGGCCGUGGAGAAGGAAUUACUAUCCGAGGUCAAGCCCGAGACAUCUACCGGCGAACCAGCACCUAAAGUUACAUCCGCGACAACAGGUGGUCUGAAUGCUCCGGCAGCCGCUGCAGUCGCUGGCAAGCCUACCCAAUCUCGCGAAGUGUCUCCUGGCACCGUUCCGGGUACCCACCCUCAAACUCAGACGGCCCCAGUUGCCACUGAUGGCAUUGUAAACACCACGACCGACAAGACAUCGGCGGCGACUCCUGCCAAGAAGGCGGAAACUCCCGCUGCGGCAGCGGCUGCCUCUCCUCCUGGAAGCAGCAAGGCUUCUGAAAGCCCUGCCAGCUCUGCGGCUGCAGACAAGAAGAAGAAGCGCACGAGCAUCUUUGGAAGACUCAAGGCCAAAUUCUCCGAUAAGAUCAAGAACUAA